ACCCAACCCAAAAUUUGUCCAUUCAAGCACAACAAACCCCCACUCCCCUAAAACAGAGCAGCACAUUCCUCUCCUCUCCAUCCUGCAACAACCUGGAGGAGAGAGCGCGCAACUACAUCCCUGCCUCCUCCUCCUCCUCCUCCUCCUCUUCACAGCGUUGGUCGCCAUCCAUCCCCUCUCCUCCUGUACCAUAACAGAUGGUGGGAACAACAUAGCAUCCACCGGGCACCACAACAAUAGACCGCAGCAUCCAGUCCGGACACCCCUGGCCUCGCACCAUCAUGCUCCUCGUGCAGGAUUGCGCGCGGCUUUGAGUGCCGUCGUGAUUCAUUUCACGCGGUACCACCAUCCACCAACACCACGGCCACGGAGGAACCUUCUUACGACUGUUUGGGCUCUCCAUCGAGCGGGGGAAGAUGGCCGCUAUGAAAAUAUUAACAGGCACAGGGCUCUUCUUGGCGUUCUGUGCGCUGGGGCUGCUCGCCAUGGCGAUCUGCACCGAUUAUUGGUACGAGACGGACGCGCGGAGGCAUCGAGAGAGGUGUAAAAACUAUGCCAACAAGCGGAACGACCCGGGCUACAUCUACAUUUCCAACCACAACCUGCCCCUCCAGAUGCCUCCUAAGAGCCUGGAGAGGAAAGGUAACGGCCCAGAUGCUGUGGCUCUCAUCCGGGGGAAGCGGCACUUCCUGGCCGCAGCGUCCGCUAUGGAGUCUCACUGCAACCGGCAGUUUAACUCCACUAUCUCCGGGCUGUGGAGGAAGUGUCACCGUGAGGGCUUCGACCUGGAGACCGAGGACCUUAUUUAUAAAGGAAUCAUUCAAAGAUGUACCCCAGUCAAGUAUCACUACACUUCGUCCAUCCUACCGAGAAAUUUACCCGUCAAUAUCACAAAGACCAUACGACAGGACGAGUGGCACGCACUCCAUCUAAGAAGAAUGACGGCCGGCUUUGUGGGCAUGGCCGUGUCCAUCAUUCUCUUUGGCUGGAUCAUUGGAGUGCUGGGAUGCUGCCAGCAGCAUGACCUCAUGCAAUAUGUAGCUGGGCUACUCUUUCUCAUGGGAGGAACAUGCUGCAUCAUCUCCCUGUGCACAUGUGUGGCAGGAAUCAACUUUGAGUUGUCCCGCUACCCCCGCUACAUGUACGGCCUCCCUGAGGACAUUAGCCAUGGCUAUGGCUGGUCCAUGUUUUGUGCCUGGGGGGGCCUCGGCCUCACGUUGCUGGCCGGCUUCCUCUGCACCUUGGCCCCCUCUCUGAGCACGCCGACUCGCACGACGACCCACAAGCCGAGGCAGGAGAACGGAACCGUGUGACGGCGGCGUGGUGAAGCGACUGACCCACAGAGAACGCACAAAGCACACCCUUCCAACCUUGAUGUUUGACUCUGAAACAGUUUUAUGUCUGAUCACCACUCACACCACCCUCAACAUCGCCAUCCCCCCCGUCAGUGUUCAGUGUGCCUGAGGAGGAGCAGAGCAACAACACACACCUGAUCUUGGACCUCCAGAAACACAAAGAGUCACACCUGCAGUGAUGUUUGGCUGAGGCACAGCGCUCAUAGCACAAAUAAGAUGUUUUCUUUUGGUUCUGAUGUUUUUGACAUGCUGACUUUUUGGCAAUCUUGAGGUGACUGUUUUCUCUGAAGAGAAUUUGUCAUAAAAAUGGUGCUCUCUUUAACACAUACACUCCCACACACUGACACACACAUACACACACACACCAGCACACACUCAAUUAAUAUGAAUGAAUCAUGGGAGCAAUCCUCCAAAAGAAACAAACAAGCAAAACAUCAGGCCAGAGCAUCAUGUCAGCAUUCCUCUCUCAGUCAAGUGAUGUGUGCUGUGUUCUUGUUCGUAAUGAGAAAAAAAAAUUCUGGCGUUGACAGCGCGUUGCUUAUCUUUAGUGUAGCACACUAACUGAUAUGAAACACGAGCCCUGAGGGGAACAUCUGCAGCCUCUUUAGAGCACAAAGUGCAUCAGGCUGAGUGGUCAGUAUAGGAUAAAAUACACAGAAGUACAUUUGCAUUGAAAAGCAAAACGUUCUUUAAAGAUUCUCUAUGUACAAAAGCAUCUCAGUGUAGAUCCAGAUCAUUGUUUGUGUAAAGUAGAUUUUGAAUAAGAGUGUUUGUUUUUCUGUUUGUUGAGAGGUGAUGAGGGCCGACAGCGUGGAGAGGAUUCAAUUGCAGGAUGGUGCUUGCAGCAUGAAUCCAUUAAAGGUUUCAGCAUCAUGAAGGUAUUUUGUGGCAACAAUCCUACAGAGCUGAUGGGGGGUGUCUUCUUACAGCUCAAUCUUAAUCUGACAAGAGCAAAAAAUCACACUGUGGGGAUUCCAUUGCUCUGUUAAUUUCCCUUUACAUGGCCUUUUUGUGCAACAUUCAGAAAAAAAGUAGGUUAAGCAAUUAAAAAAAACGAAACAGCAAACUCAGUGAUUCCACUGAAAACAAAAGCACAAGCUGUGGUCCGGAUCCUUUCUGCAGUAAAAUAACUUAGUAACAUCACUAGAAGACUGAAGGGUUAAAGGUUCCCACUCAAAUCUGGCUCAGAAACUGAAUCAAUGGAACAAUCAGACUGUUGAAAAUGUGUAAUGUGUCCUACGAUGUACAGGGAGGAGCUGUUCUCUCCAUGAUUAUUUAAAAAGGAAGGAUGGUAGCGUAUUGGCUUAUAAUAAUAAAAAAGGUUAAAAAGAAGUAAAAACAUUCAUAAAACAUUUUUGAUAAAAAAAAGUGGCAUCCAAAUCUACAACUUUAUAAAUGUGUGCGACGGGUCGUGUCCACUGAGGUGUUUUUGGUGCUGGGGGCGCCCACGACAUCAAUUUCAGAGCGCCUCUCAGCUGUAACGAAAGUAGACCCGCGGCCUUUCCUUGUCCCUAAAUAGUGAACGAUAAAAUGCUCUGAAUGCUUCAUACUUUCUUUCAUUCAAUGCAUUUCAUCAAUUCAUUGUAAAAACUAUUGAUUGUAAUUGUGUCAUAGCAUUAGCAGCUCUAAACUUGGAAAUUUUACCUCGAAAAACGAGUGUGACAGCUUUUCUCCUCCGCACAGACCUCCAACACUGUUGCUGACAAUGUUGAUAUCAGAAGUCCCACCCCUUCUUGAUUUUGAUUGGUUGGUAAUCAAGAAGUGACAUUGAUGACCGCGGCGGUGUUCCAAAAGUUGAACUGUUUUCAACCAAGCGGCAACCUCCGGCCGCGAGAAUUGAAGCACAGGCGGAAGUGUUAAAAACUGCAGUUCACCGAGUGUCCACUUGAGGCUGGCUCUGGAAGUACCAGAAACCACAUACACACCAAUCCAAAGAAGCCGAUCUUUACAGCAGAAAUAAACAUGUUUACAGUCUGGUACAAAAACGAGUGGAGUCUGGAUAGCUAAUUUCCCAAUCGGCACACACUCUGUGGGGCUGAUUUUUUCAUAUCGCAUCAAUUUCGAAGAUAUUAAGAUUUGAGUUUUUCAUUACGAAGGCACAGCUGAUUUGAUUGACAGGCGGGAACACUGUAGCUGUUGGCGAGGGGGCUCAAAGCCGGCGUCUUUACAUCAAACUUGCUUGACAGGAGUUAGGUUGAGUUCAACAUUUCCAAUAUGGCUGCCCCUGACGAUUGGCCUCAAAACAGCGCUUCAGCAACAGAUGUGAGGUCACAGAUACUACGUCCAUUAUUUAUACAGUCCAUGUUUUCAACUGAGGAUGCUAAGUGCUGGAAACACAAUAUCACGAUUGGUUUGAAUAGAAAGUAGAAGCUACCAGCGCUAAAAACGGCGUCAGUGGACACGGCACCUAACUUCUCUCAUCUCUUGAUCAGUAUAAUAAGUACUUAUUGUGAACUUAAUCACCAUUACAAAACGGUGAAGUGUGUAUCAUUUAGUUAGCUUGAAACUUAGAAAUGACAUUUUUCUUCACUUUGAUAAUUGGAUUAAAAAUACCUCCAAAUCUGAUGUUGAAAAAAAGAGCACAAAUAAUCCAGAGAAGUUCUCGAUCACAGUGAUGUUUCCCAAUUUCACACCAUGUACUCAACUUUGGUUGAAAUGUUUAAAAUUUCAUUAGCUGCUCACUUCGUAUCCUGACAUAUUUUAGGGAGACACAAGAGAGGAGGCAGGAUUGAACACUUGAGGACACGCUGGCUAACUUGUGAACCUUAGUCUGUUAAAGUCAGGAUAUCAAUUAAAGGAUGAAGCUGGGUGGGUCAAGCCUCAGUUAGCACACAUCAUACGAUACAGAGACAGAAGAAAACAGGAUGGAUUUUAAUGUGGGAUUACAAAGAAAUGCAUUAAUGUGUGGUUGUGGCCUCUGGUCUGAACAGGGGUUGUGCUGUGAAAGCGUUAAAAAGGUGUUUCCACGUCAUCUUGACUUUGAUUGUGGUGCUUUUACACAUGGAAAGUGACAACAUGAAGUUUACCCUAUACACUGUAUAUUCAGGAUUAAUACUAAAAUGGGCUUGACUUUUAGAAGUUGCUUUAAAAUGUGCAGCAAUGUUUGCAUUUCAAAAAACUUAAUGUCUGACAGGGUGUGAUUUAAAAUUGUGUUAAAACUGGUAAACAUCAGUUUUGUGCAUGAACAGGCCAUGUGAGUGGGUUUGAGCGCAGUGUGCUGCUGAUAUGAGUGUAGUUUGAUUGACGGUGAAGGAGAGAUUAUUUGAGUGAUGACACUUUUGGAUGAAAAUAACUCACAUCAACCGAUUCUCAGUUAUUUCCUCCCCUUCAUUAGAUACAUGUUUUUUACAUUUCAAGCUCUCACCACAGGUCCAUCAUCUAAGAAUAUACAGCCAUGUGUGAUGAAGUUUUUAUAAAUGUUGACGCUGGUGAUGAGUCAUGAGAUAUUCUAUCAGCUCUGUCAAAUAACUUUCUUAGAAAAAAAAGGUGUUAUAAUGUGUAUUGACAACACUGUGUGUGAUGUUCAGUCCUCUCACCAUCACCAUGGACCUCCUCAGGAGGUUUACCACGUUACAGAAGUCAAGGAAAUUAACUGAGGCAUGAUUGAAAUCUGUAUCUUCAGUGUCUUGUUGAAUCUUUGCACUUUGCUGGGUCUCAUAAAAGUCUGUGAACCUGAAGUCUGAGCAGGUGAAGUUUUACAUUUUAUGUUUGCAAGGCCACACAAAGGGGGGCAAAAGAUGACCAGAGCAUGUAAUAAGCACCCUGUUGUGUCUUUUACAAACAGCCUGGGUUUAUACCAUGUUGUGUGUUUAGGGUCAGUCGGUCUAGGCUCUUAUUGUAAAAAUAUUUAUGCCAGAAUCAAGGACAUACCAUAAAUAUAAGAAUAAUAUAUCUAUGGUUAGUACACAGACUAUGAGUCCGUGUACUCUCUGAUGUCCUGCGACUCACAGAAUGCUGUUUGGUGUUUUGGUUUAAUGGAGUUUUAAGUUUACACCCAAACUGAUGCGCAGUAAUAAGAUAAUAUUACUGCGCACAGUAAAAUGUAAUGUAUGGUGCAAGUAUAAUGUGUUGUUAGGAUUGAAGCACAAUUGCACACAACUCCUACAAGUUUUUUUGUGUACAAUGGGUGGAAAAAUCCGACUUUUCAGUGCCACAGAAAGUAUUACAAGCAAAAAAAAAAAGAAAAAAAAAAAGAGAAAGCACACAUCUGCAACCCCAUGUCUCAAAUAACCUCAACAACACAUGAUGAGUUCUGUAUUUUUAAACUAAGAUUUGUAAUUGAUUAAAUUGAGUUCCAAUACUGAAGAACAGUAGCACACAGUAGCAAGAUUUACAAAUCAACAAAAGUGAUGUGCUUAUGAGAUUUAAUGAGGUCAGCACAGUGUUACAGCAUAUUUUAAAUUGGUGUUAAAUCCCUCGCAAGUGGCAACUUCCUGUGUUUCAUGAGGAACUAAGAAAUGUAUUCUGUGCAACGAGAGGUGCCCGGUGAAAACGCCACCAUUUGGAGUGGCACGUGUUUCAGUAGCACAGCUAUUAUUUUCUACAAGUCAUUUCUACUGGUUCAAUCCACUGCAGAUGUGAUGUGGGGACUAUAAAGACAUGACUGUCUUGCAUGAUCUCAUUACAGUUAGUUUCUUUCAAUAUAUGAAAACUUGUGUCCAUUUUUAAUUAAUUUAUUUUACUGAAAUAAAAACCUGUAAUUAUUAA